AGGCACAAUUUGCACGCAUGCAAGGCAUGCCUACAUAAUAAAUAUCACUCGUUACGAGAAAAUUGCUAUUCAUUAUGAAUCUGCUGAUAAAUAAUCUUAGAAGUACUUUAUGCGGAUGUGAUACAAUCCUAUUGAGAUCCUUUAAUAUCGGAACAGUGUCUUCACUUUUUCACACGUCGUCAGCUAAUUUUGGAUUUCAUAAAGGUCCAAGGAAAUUUUUGGAACAUAACAAGACAAUUUUUCCACCACAACGACAUGACGAGGAGCCUCGCAAAGCGUAUGUGUGUCAUGUAAAAACAAACAUCCGAUAUAGCCCCGAUAAAAUGUGGUACAUUGCAUCUUUUGUUCGAGGAAAGUCUGUCGAAGAGGCUAUCAAACAACUAAACUUUGUGUUAAAAAAAGGUGCAGCAGCAGUUAAAGAAGCAAUACUUGAAGCACAAGAAAUGGCGGUGAAAAAUCACAAUGUAGAAUACAAAACCAACCUUUGGGUAGCGGAAUCUUUUACUACAAAGGGAAAAUAUUUUCACGGUAUACGGAGACAUGCUCGCAUGAGGGUUGGUCGAGUACAAUACAAGCACUGUCAUUAUUUUGUUCGCCUAGAGGAAGGUUCGCCACCAGAGGACUAUUAUCAAAAAGCUCUUCCUCCUCCCAAGGAACGAUUAGAACAAUGGAUCGAAAAAAUGAGAAAACGAAAAAUUACAAACUCAUUGUAAAAGUAACACCUACAAGAGUAAAAUAGCAAAUAAUACAAAACAUUUAGUUUUUUUAUUGAAUAAAGAACAAAAAGGUUA